UAAUUACUCAAUUGGUUUAAUUAAUUAAUUUAUUAUUUUCGGUAGGUCCCAAUCGUCUGCAUGGCGAGAUAUCUCAAGUAUCUGUUAAUGGUGCUUUCGGGAACUUGCGUCAUUUUCAUAAUUGUUGCAUGUGCUGCGUUUAUUCCAUACGAUGAAAAUAGUUCUACUCCAGUUUUGCAACGAUAUUGGAUGUUUCAUUCGUCCCGUACUGUAAGAGAUGAUAGUAAUACCGUAAUAAAGAAGGAUAAUGGAUUUUCAUUUUACAAUAUGGAUAGAAAUUCGCCGAUAAUUCUCGAAGAUUACAUAGGAGAUUAUUUGGAUAAAGCCGAAAGUUUAGUGGAUGAUUGCAGAGAUAUCCUGUACUGUGGUUUACCAGUACUUUUCACCGAAUCUAAUGAAAACUUGGAGAAAUACAUUUGGAUUCCAACGGAAACUGAGCCUAAGAUAGACAAAGUUGAUUUAAUGUUAACAUCGAUAGAAUAUUUUAAUUCGGGGAAAGAAAUAUUUAUGAAGUACUGCUUCAAAACAUACGGGACCGAUCACUACAACAUUUACUUCUCACCAAGAGAAAAUAUAAUGUUGAAGAAGAUUGAUUUGUUGGAGACGGUGCCGACGAAUCAACCGAAAUGGAACGGUCGUGAAACAUACUUCAUUCUCUACGUGGAUGGCAAAGAACGAAAAGCGUUGGAAUUCUGCAUGGAUCUAGAAUCUGUAAACGGCGAGUUCGGACGGGUCAAUCUUGACAUCGCCAUUGCCGGAACGUAUUACAACGAAAAAGUCGUGCAGAAAUCCGAUGAAUACAGAGAAUUUCUUUCGAAAUUCCCCAAAUGGACUUCGUUGAACGCCUGGAGCGGAUCUUACGAGUCGUGGGUGUAUUGAGCAAAACCAACAAUUUUUCAUAUUAGAAAGCAUCGAUUCUUAUUAUUAUUAUUAAUUUAAUGAUGUAAUGAUUUAUUAAUGACACUUAGUGUUAAGUUUUACGACAGGAGGUGCAUACAAUGUAUUAUUUAUAUAUAUAAUAAUAUUUUUUUCUCAUAUGUUUCUUUUCAUUCAUAUAAUAUUAAAUAAAUCUAAAUAACAUUUAACAACUAAUAUUCUCAAUCACCUUUUCCAAUCGUCGGCAACAGCUACAGAAUAUCAUUCGAACGAAACGUUAAUUGGAAAUAUAGGAGAAAAGCAACAUGUACACAUUCUAUAUAGGAAACAAAACAAAAUUUAAAUAAUUGGCCAAGAAAUCAUUCUGGUUCAGUUUAUACGAAAUCAGGAUGAUUUUUACAUGAAUGUGUGUGUGUUUUACUCUUUUCUUCAUAUCCUUUUGUUUUUUAAAUAUAUGUAUAUUUAUAUAUGUAUAGUGUGCUUUUUAUACAAGUGCUCUGGCCAUAUUUAAGAAAUCUACAUAAAUAACAAUUGUAAAAGUAAUAACACUGUACAGAUCCAUCGCGCAUCAAUCCUCGCUUCAAUAAACAACUGUAUCGUGAACGAAAUACGUUUGUCUACUACGGUCGCUGUUUUCUCCGAAUAUCGUUGGGUCGUCGCCUUCAAUCGUGCAGGAUUUCACAUUCUCUUCCUCGUUAUUGUGGUUUACUUCUGCUUGGAAAAAUAUAAAUUCUCAAGCGGUCCGCAUAUUAAUUUAUGAACACUUACAAGUAAAUAUCAAGAAUCAUUAUUAGAUCUUAUCGUUAUUAUUAUUUGUAUCUGUUGUAUGUAUACGCAAUUAUUCUUAUACAUUAAUUAGAUUUAUCAAGAACAUUCAUAGAAUCAAAUAAAAUGGUAUUUCGGAUCAAAAAAAAAAACAAAAG